AUGGUUCACAUUCAAGACCUCCCCCGGGAGCUGCUUCUGCAGAUUUUCUCCUCCGUUGCCCAUAGCAAUCCUUCCAACCCACAGGAUCAGACCACCAAGUCUCCCGAUGAAAGCGCCGAGACCAAAUCUCAACAACCCCCUGCCGAUAGACUGUUCCCACGCUCUCCUUGGGUCGCCGAGGAUGAAGAUGAUGAGACUGAUGAGACUGAUGAGGAGGAUCCGGGGAACAAUGGCAAGGGAGUGAGCGCACAGACCCAGGAAAUCAUCGAUUUGUACAAUCUGUGUCGGGUGUGCCACUUGUUCCGCGGACUCGCCCAGCCCCUGCUGUUCGAGCAUGUUGACUUGUCUGGCUUCCCUGGCGAUCUGCGAAACCUCGUUUCCAUCACUCGUGCCGUCCUCCGCCGCCCCAGUCUUGGCGAACAUAUCCGCAGCCUCUCGGUUCUUCCGGACCACAAUCAUCAUGUCUUUCAUAAAAGCCCGCAGCCUCUAACCGCCAACGACCGAAAGCUCUUUACCUCAUCCAUACGUGAUCUCCGCUUGGACAAGGAGGACGAGCGCGACUGGAUGACCGUCUUGAAGGAAGAGGAGUUCGACUACAGUCUUAUGGUCGUCUUGCUUAUCCUGAAAGCCCCAAACCUCCGCAUGUUGACAUUGGCGGGAGGUUACUUUGCCAUGAAGCCACUCGAACAAGCUUGGAAGCGCCAUCCUGCCAUAUUGUCGAAACUUGAGGACCUGUGGUUCGAGGGCGACGACCUCCUCAAGGGCUACCCGCUCGCUAUUUAUGAGGAGAUGAUCAGUCGGCUCCAGUUACGCUCGAUAGAUAUUGAAGAAGCCCACCUCAGUGACGACCUGUUCCCCGCCUGCUGGACUCCACAGUCUUUGACCAUGAGCCGGAUCGGCCUACACCUCUGCCAUAUCGAUGCCCCCUCUGUCACCAAGUUACUCCGUGCAUGCCGCACAGUGACCUCCUUCACUUACGACAACUUUACCACGGACCCCGAGGACCAGCCUCAUAACCUCCGCCCCGUUCGCGAACCCACCGCUCCCGAACUAAGCGCCGCGCUCCUACCCCACAAGGACACCCUAGAAGGCUUGACAAUGACCUGGAACCGCGAACCCUGGGAGCGAGAGAACAUCCAGGAUUAUGUGGCCCGCCAGGCGAAGAUCGGCCCGCUGGGCGACUUCUCCGUGCUCCGGCGACUGACCGUCCAGCAAGCAUUCCUGCCGCCGCAGCCCCAGUUCCCUCCCACCCUCGAAAAGCUCAUCGUCGAGGACUGUAACAUCUCCGUCCGAGGUUUGGCCGAGCAACUGGCACAGGAGCGUCGCCAGGGACGCCUUCCCGCACUCAAGAGCGUCAAGAUGCUCGCCGUGGAUAUCACCGACCCCGUCAAACUCCCGGGUCAGCAGAUCCCAUUUGGCCAGACACCGGAGCAGUGUUGUACUAGCAUUAAGGACAUGUUUAAAGAUACGUCCGUCGAUUUUGACAUCCUGCCUUAUCCGGACUGUCCGCAAAAUAUCGCUGGCGACUCCGACCUCGACGACUACUCUGAUGAUGACCCCUACGAUAUGACUGACGAAUAUGGCUUACUGGGCCUCCGCGAAGGGGGGAACAGCAUAUUCCAGGCGAUGCUCAUGCAGGCGAUGCAGGCACAGGGGGACCAUUACAUGGAUGAUGAGUUCGACGAGUGA